GUUCUUCGGGUGUUCUUUCUCGUGUCUCAGUGAUGCCACUUCCUGGACUGGAUGCACUGUCGUCUGUGCUGCCCCACAUCAUGACCUUAAAUCCGACAUUUACGCUGCGUACCUAGGUACUCUUCAGCUGUCGAUGUGUAAUGGUCAUCAACGGUAAGGCUAAUUCCAAAGCGGAAAUUUUUGUAAUUCUGCAUUUGUUAUACCGAUCACAAGGUUCGGCAAGGGACAUGCAGGAUAAGCGCUCGAGAGUACGCAUGCUCUCCGAAACCGAGCAAUCGGGAAAGCUGAGCAGAGCAAUCGCAUGCUAUCAAGACAUCGCUUCUGUCAGCUCUCAACUGGUCCUCUUUCUUCGGCUCGAUUGUCCCGAUUCCCGGAUCCGAGGAUUCUAGAAUAAACAAAGCAAAAACCCGAGGCCAAGUCAAAGCUCCCCCUCUCACUCGAAAGGUUUUUUGAACGCUUGUAUGACAUGUGGGCAAGGGUGUUCCUUUUGCUUUCUACAUCGCUUCAAACUCCUUGUCCACAUGUCAUAUAAGUGUUCAAAAUAUCUUUGAAAACAUUUCGGGCAACUCGUACCUACCUACCGAAAGCCCGCAAGGGCGAGUCUAGGAUUCGGCCGAGUCACGUGUCUCUCUGAAAGUCCAAAAGGUCUGUUAGUAGGCGGAGCUAGGAGGCCGCCGAAAAAUGGAUCCAAGAUAAAUACUUUUCCCCCGCUCUUACUCCAACUUUUUUUCUCCAUAACUCAUCCUUGUUUGUCUCUUUCAGCGCUCAAAACAUUAUUGUGAGUCUCUUUAUAUAUUUUGGUGUAGCGAAUGCAAGGCGAGGGAAAACAUUUAGCAGAGGCCAGCUGCUCGAAAAAAUACCAACCCUCCAACAAUGAAUUCCCAUCUGCCAAGUCCCCACUCCGCACUGUUGACAAGACGGGAGUGAAGGAUGCCGACCCCUUUAUCACAGGCCCGCCGUUGAUUGAGGCAGCUUCGACUCCAGCCGUCAAUGGCUCCGGUAUACCUGAAAAGACCAAGGCACCCGAUACCGAUAGUUCGUCAAAUACCGACGAAGAGAAAGAUGAUUUCCCUGAAGGCGGGUUACGAGCUUGGCUCGUUGUCUUGGGAUCCUUCUGUGGCUCGUUUUCGGUCUUUGGAAUAAUUAACAGCACUGCUGUCUUGCUCGAGUACUUUAGUCAUCAUCAGCUACAAGAAAAUGAUGAGAGUCAGAUCGGAUGGAUCUUCGGACUUGCUCUCUUCUUGACUUUCUUCUGCGGUGCUCCUAUUGGACCUAUCUUUGACUCGUACGGACCAAGAGCCUUGAUAUUCUGCGGGAGCGUCCUCUUGGUAGCUUCUAUGUUCCUACUUGGACUCUGCACUGAAUAUUGGCACUUCAUCAUGGUCUAUAGUGUCCUGAACGGCAUUGGUGGUUGUCUAAUCAACACCCCUUGUAUCGCCUCAAUUGGUCAUUUCUUCCUCGUCAAGCGUGGCAAUGCCACGGGUAUAGCCAUGACAGCUGGAUCAAUUGGCGGUAUCAUCUUCCCAUUGAUGUUACAACGGCUAUUUCCAAGGGUUGGCUUCGCUUGGGCCACUCGGAUUCUUGGAUUCAUUCUCGUCUUCCUCCUCCUACUGGCAAAUUUGCUGGUUCGAAGCAGACUUCCUCGGAAACCAAUGGUGAGCUUCAAGAGCGUGUCGCCAGAAUUUAGUCUCUUUUAUAAAGACAUGCCGUUUGCACUUGUGUCGUUUGGGAUUUUUUUGAUGGAAUGGGGAAUUUUCGUUCCAUUGACGUACAUUACUUCAUAUGCCACGUCUCAUGGACAGAGCUCAUCCUUUGGAUUUCAGAUCAUUGCCAUAUUGAAUGCAGGAUCCUUCUUUGGACGGUUCUUCGCUGGAUUGGUCGCCGACAUGAUCGGAAGGAUGAACACACUCAUUCUCAGCAUUGGGCUCUGUAUCAUUGCUUGUCUCGCACUAUGGCUUCCAGCAGGAAAUUCCAGCGCGAUGCUUAUCGUCUUUGCCAUCAUCCUCGGAUUCGUGAGCGGCAGUAAUCUAAGUCUCAGUCCUGUCUGUGUCGGACAGCUAUGCAAGACCGAGCACUACGGUCGCUACUUCGCAACUUGCUGGAUGUUCGUAGCCUUUGGCACGCUUACUGCUCUUCCAAUUGGCGGAAAGAUCCUUACUUUGAUGGAUGGAGACUACACGGGACUGAUCGUUUUUGCUGCUGCCUCCUACCUUGGCGCUGCUCUAUGUCUCAUCGGCGCCAGGGUGUUAAAAGUUGGGUGGAAGCUGAACGUGAUCUACUAAGUGCAUGAGGGGAUAUGAAGGACGGUACUGCCCGAAAAAUCGGAGAUUAUAGGUGGAAAUUGGUAUCGUGUAUAGAGGCAGGGGAAGUUCGUUUUGAUGAAAUCUUGGGAGGUUGGAAGUUAGUUGAUGGAGAUCAUUCAUAAGUUUUCGCGAGUCACUUUUGAAGCCGUCGUCUUCUCAUUUAUAGCUUUUCCUUCUGAUUUACAAACGCACAAACUCUACGUCCUGUAAUGAUACAUUUACACUAACUGAAGAUAGCAAUAGUAAAAAUUGUCGUUAGUAAUUACCCACAUCAACUUUGUACCCCUUUUUGUGAUCCUUUGUUUCGAAACCCUCAGGCCAGUUUUCUAUAAAAGGAGGGCAGCCUCAACUAGUUCAUGAAGCACAAGCAAUCGUAGCGCAACGGGAUGACGGUAGACGGCUGGACGACCUACGGGAUGUGACUCGUGCGAGUCAACCAACGAUCGCAAGUAUCCACAGCUUACAGUAAUUAAAAAACAAUUCGGAGGAACGUGAAUCGGCAGCCGUAAAGCCAACGGACAAGAAAAGGAAGUCACAUCUCCUGAUCCUCAAAGAGGUGCGUGUGUUGAAAUCGCUUAGAUUAUUUUUGGAACCUUCGCCUAUUUGUUUUGACCCGAGACCUCCUCAGCGACUCUCAUGUACCCAAAUAAAGCUUUUUACUAUCGUUCCAUCAGUCUCGCAGCCACAACUUUACAUCAACAUCUACGUGUCACAGCCCAGCUAACACAACGCCUAGAAAAACUGUCCCCCAGGUUGUGGCUCUGCUACCUAGUACCGCGAGACAAGAUCGCAAAAAAAUAUUGCAAAGCCCCCCGGCCCUUGGCCCGGGAAUGAAGUGCGCCGCAAACUUUGCAAAGGCUUGACAGGGCUGAUAGCUACAAACUAGCAAGACUAACCGCAAACAAGAUGCAACAAAAACCAAAAAUAUGGAGCGACGUGUACAUAUACGAGAUUAAACCACUGAAAAGUAAGCUAGUAACUACCCAAAAGAGUUGUGGCUGCGAGAUCUCCUUUUUGUUCCGAUCGAAUGCUACCAAGUGAUUUUACGGCUCUAAGAGAUAGUCUACAAACCGGGAAGAAGACCCCGAAGAGCUGGGUAAGAUAUGGCUCUCCGAGGGACAAAAACGGAUAGGCGUCAUAGCCAACAAUUGACCGUUGCCUGAUUGCGGCGUAAGGGUGUUAUCAGCGGUGGACUCUCUUCUUCAUGUCAUAUAUCGGUUCGCCAAGCCUCGCUUACAGCUCAUCAUAAC